CCUCCCAUCACAUUCAGCCUCCUGCUGCCUCUGCAUUCACAAACCACCAGUUACACUUUGCAAAGGAACAGGGCAGACUCGUUGGGUUCUGAAGGAGGCAAACGGCGGAGCUUUUACCACUCCUGCAUUACUCGGACACCCUGCCAAAAAAAGUCUGCCGAGAUGGCCGGCUUUAGCUGAUGCUCAGGAAGCCACCAGCAAGCCCCGGACAGGGUCCGCUCUCCAAGUCCAUGCUCCGCUUUGGCUUCAUGGUCCUCUCUUUAUGAGCUCCCCUUCGGAUAGAACUGCAGGUGCUCCGAGCUUCGCCCUACGCAUCCAGGGGAAAUGAAUGUUUUUCUAAAGACCAAGACCACGUCCGCGCUGCUUUACGGCUACCUGCUGCUGAGGUCCAUCCUGGCCGACUUCACCUUGGACAAUGAGGUCCACUCCAGCUUCAUCCAAAGAAGGCUGCGCAGCCAGGAGCGCCGGGAGAUGCAGAGGGAGAUACUGUCCAUCUUGGGGCUGCCGCACAGACCGCGGCCGCACUUGUACGGGAAGCAGAACUCGGCCCCCAUGUUCAUGCUGGAUUUGUACAACGCCAUGACGGUGGAGGAGGAAGAAGCUGAGGGGUUCUCGUACCCGUAUAAGCCCAUCUUCACCACGCAGGGUCCGCCGCUGGCCAUCCAGCAAGACAGCAACUUCCUCAAUGAUGCCGACAUGGUCAUGAGUUUUGUCAACCUAGUGGAACACGACAAGGAGUUCUUUCACCGAAGACGCCACCACCGAGAGUUCCGGUUUGACCUGGUCAAAAUUCCCGAAGGAGAGGCAGUAACGGCAGCCGAAUUUAGGAUAUACAAAGAUUAUAUUCGGGAGAGGUUUGACAACGAGACCUUCCAGAUUAGCAUCUACCAGGUCCUGCAGGAACACCAGGGAAAGGAUUCGGACCUAUUCCUGUUGGAUACCCGAACAAUCUGGGCUGCAGAGGAAGGCUGGCUGGUGUUCGAUAUCACAGCGACCAGCAAUCACUGGGUUCUCAUCCCCCAGCAGAACCUGGGCCUGCAGCUGGCUGUGGAGAGCGGUGAUGGGCAGAGCAUGAACCCCAAGUUGGCGGGUCUGAUCGGGAUAAAUGGACCACACAAUAAGCAGCCCUUCAUGGUGGCAUUCUUCAAGGCCACUGAGAUCCACCUGCGCAGCGUACGGUCCACCGGGGGAAAGCAGCGCAACCAAAACAGAUCCAAAGCGGCAAAGAACCAGGACGCCCUGAGAGUGUCCAACGUCGCAGAAAGCAGCAGCACAGACCAGAAGCAAGCCUGCAAGAAACACGAACUCUACGUCAGUUUCCGGGACCUGGGAUGGCAGGAUUGGAUUAUCGCUCCAGAGGGUUACGCUGCUUAUUACUGUGAAGGUGAAUGCAAUUUCCCGCUAAAUUCCUACAUGAAUGCAACAAACCACGCCAUCGUUCAGACACUGGUUCAUUUUAUCAACCCAGACACCGUCCCGAAGCCUUGCUGCGCCCCCACUCAGCUCACAGCCAUCUCCGUCCUUUACUUCGAUGACAGCUCCAACGUCAUCCUCAAGAAAUACAGGAACAUGGUAGUGAGGACCUGCGGAUGUCAUUAAAAGCAUUCGCCUACGGCGGCCAUUUUAAAGCCUCGGCUGCAGCCGGCGCCGUUAUGUGCGAUCAGACAUGCCGGACCAGACAUCCUCUCGAGGUCAGAACUUUAACUUGUAUCAUUCCACAACCAAAAGAACAUCUGUGUUCAACCUCACAGCCUGGCUCCUGGUUCAUACCCAAUAAC